AUGGCACGCAAAAAUGAAAAUUUGAUCACACGCAUCCAACAAAUCGGAGAAGGUGGUUUUGGAACUGUUUAUAUAGGUAGUUAUCGUGAAUAUAAGGAAGUAGGAAUCAAAGAUGUCAAUAGUAAACUAUCAGCUGACGCUUUAGCUGAAGCAAAUAUACUCAAAACUCUUACACAUCCAAAUAUCAUUCAGUAUAUUGACAUCGUUCAAACACCAAAUCAAACAUCAAUUAUCAUGGAAUUUAUCGAUGGUGGUUCUCUGUAUAAUUACAUUAAAAGAACGACUCAAUCAUUGACAUAUUGGAAAGUUACUCGACAAAUGAUGAUUGAUGUUGCACAUGGUAUGGCUUAUUUACAUAGUCAACAUAUUGUACAUGCUGACUUGAAAAGUCUUAAUGUUUUGUUGCGACAUAAUUAUUCAGCAGUCAUAUGUGAUUUUGGUCUUGCAAGAACAAUUGCUGAUUCAAGAGCAGUAACUACAUGUUACGUUAGAGGAACAGUGAUAUGGUUUGCGCCAGAACUUUGUUUUGAUCGACCAGAGAGAAGUUCUUUUCAAUCUGAUGUAUGGGCAUAUGGAUGUAUCUUGCUUGAAAUCAUAUCACAGAAGAUUCCAUGGGAAGAUGAUUAUAGCAAUGAUAACGUUCUUAUAAAUGCAUUAGCUAAACCAGAGAAUGCAAUUAUUUUUGAAAACAUUUGUCUUAGACAGAGAGCUCCGGAAAAACUACGCGCAAUUCUUUGUCGCUGCUGCUCUUGGCAAAAAGACGAUCGGCCUAAAUUUCCCACUAUAGUUCAGGAGCUCACUGCUAUCUCUGAUGUGGAUAUUCACAAUAUUAAUCAAGGAAAAGAAAAACCAGUGUCAUCGAAUUCGUCAAAAACAAGACCCUCGACUAGUAAUAAACAAUCUCCAACCAAAGCAUCAUCAUCAACAUCAAAAGUCAAUGAUGCAAAGUCCGAUGAAUAUAUAACGACAAUGGCUGAAUUGAAACUUGAAAACCCAAAUCGAAAACGCAAGUCUUCGUCAGUACGUCGAGCAGAUGAUGCUACUAUUGAAGACACUAAAAGAUAUGAUUCUAGUAAUGAUCGUUAUCUUUAUAAAGGACCACGUGGUGGUUGGUACUAUUUAACUUCUAAUGGCAGUAAAGUAUACAUAAAAACCGACUAA